CCGGCAGAGCCCGGCGCCUCGCCAUGGUGCAGCCCGGGGAGCAGGCCCGGCUCUACCGGCCGCGGCCCGAGCUGCUGCCCGCGGCCCACGUCCCCUCCUUACCCCACUACCAGCGCCUCUACCAGCGCUCCGUGGAGGAGCCGCACGAGUUUUGGGGUGACAUCGCUAAGGAGUUCUACUGGAAGAGCCAGCACACGGGACCCUUCCUGAAGUACAACUUCGACGUGACCAAGGGGAAGAUCUUCGUGGAGUGGAUGAAAGGGGCGACCACCAACAUCUGCUACAACCUCCUGGACAGAAACGUCAAUGAGAAGAAGCUCGGGGACAAAGUCGCGUUUUACUGGGAAGGGAAUGAACCUGGGGAUUCUACGAAGAUCACCUACCAUGAGCUGCUGCACAAAGUCUGUCAGUUCGCCAACGUCCUCCGCAGCCAAGGUGUGAAAAAAGGAGACCGGAUUUCCAUCUACAUGCCAAUGAUCCUGGAGCUGGUCAUAGCCAUGCUUGCCUGUGCCAGGAUUGGAGCUCUGCACUCUGUUGUGUUCGCAGGUUUCUCCGCAGACUCUCUUUGCGAGCGGAUCCUCGACUGUGGUUGUUCUCUCCUCAUCACGGCAGAUGCUUUUUAUCGAGGGGACAAACUGGUCAACCUGAAGCAGAUUGCAGAUGAAGCCAUCCGGAAAUGCAAAGAGAAGGGAUCCCCUUUGAAAAAGUGCAUCGUGGUGAAGCACCUGGGGAGGGAAGAGGUGGCAGUGGAUGGGACCUGCAGCAAGUCUCCCCCUCUCAAGAGGCUGUGUCAGGAUGUACAGGAAAAAAAGACUGAGAGUUCACAGAGACUCCAUCCCAAGACCCCCUGGGACCCAGCUGUGGACAUGUGGUGGCACGAGCUGAUGGGCAGUGCCAGCACCGAGUGUGAGCCUGAGUGGUGCGACGCCGAGGACGAGCUCUUCAUCCUCUACACGAGCGGCUCCACUGGGAAACCCAAGGGUGUGCUGCACACUGUGGGUGGAUACAUGAUUUUUGUUGCCACCUCCUUUAAAUACGUGUUUGAUUACCAACCCGAGGAUGUGUACUGGUGCACGGCCGACAUCGGAUGGAUAACGGGCCAUUCCUACCUCACCUACGGACCCCUGGCAAACGGGGCAACCAGUGUGUUGUUUGAAGGUGUCCCCACCUACCCAGACGUCGGGCGAAUGUGGAGCAUCGUUGACAAGUACAAGGUGACCAAGUUCUACACAGCACCCACGGCCAUCCGGCUGCUGAUGAAGUACGGGGAGGAGCCAGUCAAAAAGCACAGCAGGAAGUCCCUGAAGGUGCUGGGGACCGUGGGUGAGCCCAUCAACCCCGAGGCCUGGCUGUGGUACUACCGCGUGGUGGGAGAGGAGAGGUGUCCCAUCGUGGACACCUUCUGGCAGACAGAGACGGGAGGCCACAUGCUGACACCCCUUCCUGCUGCCACCCCCAUGAAGCCAGGCUCUGCUUCAUUCCCCUUCUUUGGUGUGGUUCCUGCCAUCUUGAGCGAGUCGGGGGAAGAGCUGGAAGGAGAGGCAGAAGGCUACCUGGUGUUCAAGCAGCCCUGGCCGGGGAUCAUGCGCUCGCUCUACGGGAAGCACCAGCACUUCGAAACCGUCUACUUCAAGAAGUUCCCCGGGUACUACGUGACAGGAGACGGUUGCAGGAGAGAUAAAGAUGGUUAUUACUGGAUCACGGGGCGAAUUGAUGACAUGUUGAAUGUUUCUGGCCACUUGCUGAGCACGGCGGAGGUGGAGUCGGCCCUGCUGGAGCACGGGGCUGUGGCAGAGGCUGCGGUGGUCAGUCACCCCCACCCCCUGAAGGGAGAGUGCCUCUACUGCUUUGUGACCCUGAGGGAGGGCCAUGAGUUCACCCAGAACCUGAUGGAUGAGCUGAAAAAACAAGUCAGAGAAAAAAUUGGACCGAUAGCAACACCUGAUUACAUCCAGUAUGCCCCCAGCCUGCCCAAAACCCGCUCAGGGAAGAUCACCAGACGGAUAUUAAGGAAGAUUGCCAAAAAUGACCAAGACCUGGGGGACAUCUCCACCUUGGCAGACCCGGGCAUCAUAAAACACCUCUUCAACAGCAGGUGUGACACGAAGCAGUAGCAGCAGGGCCUGUCCCUGCUGAGCAGGACUGUGGCAGCAGCAGCAGCAGUGUCCUGAUGAGCAGGUCCCUCAAACAACCGCUGCCUGCCCGGGAAGGGAACCUGCACCUCUUGAAUUGAAUGUACCAAUGUCUGGGACGGGGAGAUCUGGCCCUGGAGAGGCCGUGUCCAUGCCCUGCAGGAGGGUGUCUGUCAUGUUCCCCAUGGAUAUCAGACAUCUGGGGUUCAGCACAGAGGGACUCACCCCCCUCCCUUUUUGCAGCACCUCAUUCUUGAUUUUAAUUUAAUUUUUGGGGGGCGGUAGAGGGUGUUAAUUAAUUAUGUAAUUGAGGGGCCCUGGCACCUUGUGCACAGUGGGAAGGAACUUUGGGGGCUGGAAGGGAAGUGGUGCUGGAGUUGCUCAAUGCAGGCAGGCCAGGGAGGUGCACCUGCCACUGCCCACACACCUGCUAGGCUUCCCCUUCUCCCUGGGGUGCUGCAAACUGCAGGGACACUGAGAACACUCUCACAUCAUCACUGCACAGCUCAGCUUGUCUUGCACCCACUGUCCAAGCCUGCUGCCAGCAGAGGUCCUGGGGCCUGGAGUGGGGCAAGGCUUGAGGGAGCUCUAGGCUUUAAACAGGUUUUAGAGCAAUUUGAUACAAAGAUCUGCUGCUUCCUACCUGUGUGGUGCCAGCUGGAGUGUUUUCCCCAAUCCAGGGUCUUUCACUGGCCAUGGGCACUAUAGGGAGCCACGCAGGGGAAAAGCCUUGGUGUGAUGUGCUCCAAGGAGCACCAUUCCCACCUGCCCUGCUGCCACCACCUCACAGCUGGAUGCUCCCUUUGCUUCCUGGGGGAGGAUUGGGGGUUGUUACACCAAAGGAUGGUGGGGAAUCAGCCAUGCCAGAGGCACCCUUCCCAUGGCAGGUGACCCAGGUAGGCACCAUGACCACUGACAGAGCAGGGAAGCCAAGGCAGGCAGGGCUGUGCGAGUCCCACCUUUCCUCAUCUGGAAAAAACAGUGGGAGAUGUUCAAAGUUAGUGUUUGCUCAAAUCUGACACAGCUUUGUGAUGCUGAGAGCUAAAGACCCCCACCCCUCUUGCCCAGGAGCCUGACCACCACCAGGGACUGCCAAAGCCAUCCUUCCUCCCAUGAAGGACAUUUAACUCCAGCCAGGGCUGAGCUGGGGCUGAUACCUCCUUUGCAAUGUCUCUAUGGAAACUGCAUGUGAACCAUUUGAUUUUGCACUUAAACCAAAGGAGAAAUGGGCUUUAAAACUUGCUGCAGCUGCUGUUUUGGUGAGAGCCAGUGUUAACAGGCUUUACCUGCAACCUGAGCUGACUUUGGGCUGGGGAGGAGGAGGCAGCUGCCUCUGGGGUGGGGGGCUCAGGGCAGGUGUUGCUGGGCUGUCAGCCAAGUCCCAAGUCUCAUUCCCUACCUGCUGCUCUCACUGGCACAGCACCCGUGUCACCUGUACCCUGGGUGCCUGCUGGUGUCCCAUGUGCCCCCACAGCUCUGUACCACUGGAUUGUGCCACCUUGGUGACAAGGAUUCCCACAUCCUCGCUGCUCCUCUGUUACCUUUUUGUCAGCUAUGUAAUUUUUGGCUGGAAAACAGCGAGAAUUUCAUGCAAAAUGAAAUAAAAUUCAAGAAAACAAAAUG